GACAUCCUUUCCAGCCUUCCAGUUCUGGGCCACCGCCUCCCUCUUGUUGCUCAGUAACAGCCUGCCGCCCUUUGCUGCUGCUCUCCCACAUAGACCUUCAGCCCAGGUGCCUCACCAGACUCUUACUCAGUGUCUCACAGUAGCGGGAAGACCAGCUGUCAUCACUGCAUGAUUUCAGCGGUGGCUUGGAGAUUUUAAAGAUGCUCUACAUUUCAAAUUUAUCAAAGAUUAAAUUGAUGUUUAUGGGCUAAUCUGGAAACCAAAACCCAAAUUGUUUCAUUACAUCUAUCAGAAAAUAUGUGUGAAUUUCCAGGGGCUGACUUAUAAAGGAACACGACCCAAUGUACAAAGUAUUCCUUAAGCCCUGACAACCACCUUGAAGAUGGUAUUAUGAAUAUGGCAACUUUUCUCCGGGGCUUUGAAGAAAAGGGGAUAAAGAACGACAGGCCUGAAGACCAGUUAAGUAAAGAGAAAAAGAAAAUCCUGUUCUCCUUCUGCGAGGUGUGCAACAUCCAGCUGAACUCUGCAGCCCAGGCCCAGGUCCAUUACAAUGGCAAAUCCCACCGCAGAAGAGUCAGGCAGCUGAGCAAUGGGCAGCCCCCACCCGCAGCCCAGGGCUCGGGGCCUCUGCUGGCCAGCCCCAGUAGCAACACCAGCACAGGCAGUACAUGCCACACUUCCACCCUUCCUGCUCUUGUGCGCACACCUACCCUGAUGAUGCAGCCUUCACUGGAUAUCAAACCAUUUAUGUCUUUUCCAGUGGACAGUAGUUCUGCUGUGGGGCUCUUUCCAAAUUUUAACACAAUGGAUCCUGUGCAAAAAGCAGUCAUUAACCACACAUUUGGAGUAUCCAUUCCUCCAAAGAAGAAACAAGUUAUUUCUUGUAAUGUCUGUCAGCUUCGCUUUAACUCAGAUAGCCAGGCCGAGGCCCACUACAAAGGAAGUAAACAUGCCAAGAAGGUCAAAGCACUAGAGGCAACGAAAAGUAAACCCAAAAUGGUUUCUUCCAAGGACAGCGCAAAGGCUAAUCCCAGCUGCGCCAUCACUCCACUCACAGGCAACAGCUCUGACAAAUCAGAAGAUAAAGGGAAAUUAAAAGCCAACAACGCCAGUCAGCCCUCCAGCGCCGAAGGUGGCUCACUGCUCCUCAAGUCUGGCACAACAGCUCUGCCGCCUGGAGCUGCCGCUUCACCCUCCAAGAGUACAAAUGGAGCUUCUGGGGCUGUUGUGGAAUCAGAAGAAGAAAAAGCCAAAAAAUUACUUUACUGUUCACUAUGCAAAGUGGCUGUGAACUCCCUGUCACAGCUAGAGGCACACAAUACAGGAUCUAAACACAAGACCAUGGUUGAGGCUCGCAAUGGAGCUGGUCCAAUUAAGUCCUAUCCGAGACCAGGAUCAAGAUUAAAGAUGCAGAACGGCAGUAAGGGAUCAGGACUACAGAACAAGACAUUUCAUUGUGAAAUCUGUGAUGUUCACGUUAACUCCGAAAUUCAACUCAAACAGCACAUUUCUAGCCGAAGGCAUAAAGACCGGGUUGCAGGGAAACCCCUGAAGCCGAAAUACAGCCCGUACAACAAACUCCAGCGGAGCCCCAGCGUUCUAGCAGCAAAACUUGCAUUCCAGAAAGAUAUGAUGAAGCCUUUGGCCCCGGCCUUCCUGUCCUCACCGCUGGCAGCAGCUGCGGCUGUGUCCUCCGCGCUGUCGCUGCCGCCCCGGCCAUCUGCGUCGCUUUUCCAGGCACCAGCUAUCCCUCCGGCUCUGCUGAGGCCGGGCCACGGGCCCAUCCGCGCCACCCCCGCCUCCAUCCUCUUCGCCCCCUACUAACAUGCGCAAGCCCCACCACAAUCCAGGCCAGCAAGAAAGUUAAGAAGAAAAACCAAAAGGAUUUCAGCAAUUUGAGCAUUUUGUGUUGCAGUAAGUACCCCCACCCACCCACACAAUGCAGCCUGCCUGCGCGAGCCCCGACCCAAACAGAAAACCAAUCGCUAGAUUCAAGAGUGCUUUAAUGGACCGCUCCUAUAACUAGGAAUGUGAGCAGCAUAGGCUUUCUCUCCUUGUUCCCCUCUUACCCGACCCCAGGCAAUGGGUGUAUCUGAGAUAUUUGGCUUCUUGAAAACUGUAUUAGUCAGAAAAAAAAGAAAAAGAAAAAGAAAAUCAAUCUCUAAUUUCCCAUGGGUCUGAUCUGGCUUAGAAAACAUGGAAUAUUUUCCUGACAGACUUGAAAACUAGGAUCUUCCUCAGAUGUCUGUAAAUAACUCUGGAAUCCAACCGGGCGUAUUCUAGCGUGGAACAAUAUAGAACACAAAUGUUCACUUGUGGGAACCAUCUUAACAAUGGAUCAUGACGUUUUCUUUUUGGUGUACUAUUGUUGACAGGGAUUGUGUACUGUUUUAGACCCAAGUACUGUUGUAUCCUGUGUAGUACUAGAUCGUAUCUCUUGUCUGAACUCAACAUUUUUAAGUUGCUGUGUAAAUGUUAGGAAGCAAAGUAGCUUUGAAUUUUCUCUUUCAGAGAACAAAAGAUAAUGUAUUUUCUUUAUUUCACAUUUUAUUUGGAGAUAUUUAAACAAAAUAGAAAGCCAUAUAACAUAGCUAUAAUUACUACCUUCUCGCUGUUUUUGUUUAACUUAUUUUGUAGCCUCCUCACCGGUUUGAGUUGCUAAGCAAAUGUAUACGAACACACAAAGAGCUUCCUCAGUGGCACAUUUUUGCACUCCUGUGGGUUCAGCAAGAAGACAAUGAAUCCAUGUAUUUCUACAUAGUUAUCUCCAUUUUUAACCUGUUUCCAUUUGUAAUGAUGCUACAUAAUUUUGUGGCUCCCCAAUGCAAUAAUGUACAGAAGAUAUAAAGUUUAUAAUUGAACAGUUUGUCUUUCUGUUCACCAACUAUGUUGCAGGUCAUGCUCCCCUGCCCCCCCUUUCUAAGCUGAUGUCAACGAGACUGGAAUGUUUGUGGUGUCAGGGGCAAGAGGUAUCAUAAAACAACAGAAUGGAGGGAUCUCUUUUAGAGUAUCUAUAUCUGCAAUCUGUAAAUGGUAAAAUGUCUGUGUAUUUUUUUAAAUGUACCUUUUCAAUAAAAGUACAAAAAAUAAAAA